AUGCCGCCUGCUGAGGAGAAACUCGGCGGCGAUGACCAUGGUGUUCCACCCGAGGACGGAGCGUGUUCACCGAGCAGAGACACCGAUGCUACUGCUGAACGUGGGCUCCUCGAAUUACGAAUCGACGAUUGUGGAAUCGACGAACAACGACGAGCACCAUGGGACCGACAAUGA